GUCAGGCGCCGGCUCCCUAUAAGCCGAGGAGCUGUCCUGGUGCUGAAACGGUCCGAGCAGCUCCUCCGACUGACCAGGACGCCCAUGCCGGGGACCUUCGUGGCCAUUUGAAAAAGACGCAAUCUCUGAAACAUGGCAGAGGUGAAGACCGCCCGGCUUGGAGCAGUCUUGUCUCUCCUCCCUUUAAUUUUCCUGAUCUCCUGUGCCAAAGCAGCCUCCUUUCAGCGCAAUCCGCUGCUUCCGAAGGAACCAGAUCUCAGAUUGGAAAAUGCCCCAAAGUACCCAAGUCCCGAAAUGAUCAGGGCUUUGGAGUACAUUGACAAGCUCCGGCAACAAGCCCACAAAGAAGAAAGUAGUCCAGACUAUAAUCCCUACCAAGGUGUCUCGGUUCCCUUUCAGCAAAAAGAAAACAGUGAUGAGAGCCACUUGCCAGAUAGUUCAAGGGAUUCCCUGAGCCAAGAUGAGUGGAUGAGGAUCAUACUGGAAGCGCUGAGACAUGCUGAAGGCGAGGUUCUGUCUUCCCCCAAAGAAAACAAGCCGUACCCUGUGACUUCAGACAAGAGCUUUCCACUGGACAUGACCGACGAUUAUGAGGCUCCACAGUGGCCAGAGAGGAAGCUUAAGCACAUGCACUUUCCCCCCAUGUACGAAGAAAAUUCCAGGGACAAUCCACUGAAGCGUACAAAUGAAAUCGUGGAGGAACAAUACACUCCUCAAAGUCUUGCGACCCUGGAAUCUGUCUUUCAAGAGCUGGGGAAACUAACAGGCCCCAAUAGCCAGAAGCGUGAGAGGGCGGAUGAGAAGCAAAAGCUUUACACGGAUGAUGAAGAUGAUAUCUACAAGUCCAACAACAUCGCCUAUGAGGAUGUGGUUGGUGGAGAAGAUUGGAAUCCAGUGGAGGAGAAAACAGAGAGUCAAACGCAGGAAGCAGAGAGAGACAGCAAGGAAAAUAUGGGAAAAAAUGAGCAAAUCAAUGAUGAAAUGAAGCGUUCGGGUCAGCCGGGCCUCCAGGAUGAAGCUCUCCAGAAAGAGAGUAAAGACCAACUCUCAGAGGAUGUCCCCAAAGUCAUCGCCUACUUGAAAAGGUUGGCAAAUGCCGCCAGAAGUGCGCGGUCACAGACUGGGCAAAACGGAGACAGGGCAAUGAGGCUAUUCGAGAAACCACUUGAUUCGCAGUCUAUUUACCAGCUGAUUGAAAUCUCAAGGAAUUUACAGAUACCCCCUGAAGAUUUAAUUGACAUGCUCAGAUCUGGGGAGAAGCCAAGUGGAGCUGUGGAACCCGAGCAGGAGUUCGAGCUUCCUGCUGACCCAGAAGACAUCCCAGAGGCUGACUUCGACCUCCCGGAUACAUUCCCAAAUAAGAUGAUCUCCAAGAGUGGCUACCCCAAAUCUCCUGGCCGUGGUGGGACAGAGGCCCUUCCAGAAGGAGUCACCGUGGAGGACAUUUUAAAUCUUUUAGGGAUGGAGAGCACUGCCAAUCAGAAGCCUCCAUAUUUUCUCAAUCAGUAUCCCCGAGAGAAGGUUCUGCCGCGGCUUCCCUACGGUCCUGAGAGGGCCAGAGCAAACCAACUUCCCAAAGCUGCUUGGCUACCAGACAUCGACAAUAGGCAAAUGGGGUAUGAAAACCUGAAUGACAAGGAUCAGGACUUAGGAGAGUACUUGGCCAGGAUGCUCGUGAAAUACCCUGAGCUCAUGAAUUCAAACCAGAUGAAGCGGGUCCCCAGUCAGAGCUCAUCUGAGGAUGACCUCCCAGAAGAGGAGCAAAUUGAGCAGAGCAUCAAAGAGCAUUUGAAUCAAGGAGGCUCUCAGGAGGCUGACAAAGUUGGCUUGGUAAGCAAAAGGUUCCCUGUGGGGGCCCCGAAGAAUGAUGAGACCCCAAACAGGCAGUACUUGGAUGAAGAUCUGUUAAUGAAAGUGCUGGAUUACCUCAACCAAGAAAAAGCAGACAAGGGGAGGGAGCAUAUUGGUAAGAGAGCGAUGGAAAACAUGUGAGCAGCUGGUACCCUUCAUUGCCCGGCAUUCGCUCCUCCCAUUCCCAGCAAGCCCUGACAUAUCUCUUUAGUGUGUUGACUUCUCUCCUGUUUACAUUGUAAUAUCUUUAACGGAUGUACAGGCAGAUGGAUCCAGGCCACUGGGGAGUCUGCUUCACUUGCUGUGAGCUAUUCUCUUGUAUAUGGAUAUGUGUCAAUGUUAUGAAUUCUGGAUAAAAAAAUUAAUUGUGUCCUGUAUUCCCAGAAAGAAAUCUAGGUUAGUGUUUCAUAGUGUACCUAAUGGCCAUGGCAUUGCUGAUGUUCCCAUAUGAUAAAGAGUGUCCGAUGACUCUCAAAAGUUUUUAAUAUUUAUUGAAUUAUUUUGUUACUGUCUGUAGUGUUUUGUGGAGUACUGCAGCAAAAUCAAUCAACCAAUCAAUAAAGCAUUCUAAAUAUA